AUGAUUUCAGUUAUUUUAAAAAUAAACACUAAUUUUCCUCGUAUCCCUGGAAGUUGUGAACUUAUUUUAGCUGGUAAACGAUACUUUCCUUUUGAAUUUGAAUUACCUGAAGCUUGUCCAUGUUCAUUUGUUGGUUCAAGAGGUAGUAUUGAAUACAGGCUAAGAGUUUAUCUAUUACUAUCGAAUGGGGAACAAUUAUGUGCGGAUAAAGGAUUAAAAGUUUUACGUAAAACGAUCAUUAACAAAAUGAUGGUGAUUCCAAGUACAUUGGCUUGUCCUCCAAUUACCAGAAAUUAUGUGAGCAGUUUUGAUCAAUUCAUAUCAUCUAGUAGCAACACAGUGAAAUUUAUAAACUUAUCAAGAACAUGUUCACGAUUAUCAAAUUUAUGUAAAAAUGAAACAGAAAAUAUUCUAGAUGAGUAUGAUAACAGUAGUGAAAAAUUAAUUGAGAAAAAUUCAGUGUUCGAUUCCACUUUUACAAAUGAUUACAUACCAGAUCGUUUAUCAUCGUUAGGUCAGAGUGCUUACUCUAACACUGAUCUAGAUGAUACGACUAAAUUAACUAAAUAUUCGUUGAGUUCUUGUUUAAAUGAUUCUCAUCAAAGUAAUCCAUAUUUAAAUUCUAUGCAAUCAACAGAAGAUGAGAACCAAUAUCCAAAUAGUGAAAAUGAUCGAAAUAACAAUAGCAUGCAAUCAAUAUGUAAACCCCAUUUUAACCGUGCUACGAAAAUGAAAAAGGCACUAUAUAAUUCACUAAGUAAAACAACACUAACUGUACAACGAUGCAGUGAUAAUCCAUAUCCAUUACCUUCUACAUGGAUUUCUCAAUCAUACGGUUCAUCUUAUGCAAUAUAUCCACGUACAUGUCUUGGUGCUCAAACAGGAUAUCCAAUUUCUUGCAGAUUAACUGUCAGUCAACGUCAACUUAAUCCAGGCAGUCGAUUGACAGCAUGUUUAAGUUUACUAGUGGAAGAUCCGUUUGCUCUUCUGAUAGCUCCAUCACUCAAUGGUAUGUCGAGUGAUUUGAAUUGGUGUGCAAAAUUUAAUACAAAUAUUAGUUCAUGCAAAAAAGACUUAUGGAGUCCAUUGGCAAGAGCAUUUGUUUCGUAUUAUUUAGAAGAUUGUAUACGACAAAAGUUUAGUAACGAGAGUCAACAACUUCAUGGUAUAUGGUGGUCAGGAUAUGUUAAACAACGACACAGAAUAUUUUUAGUACUACGCCAGGUAAUAACUUAUCGAGACUGGACUCACCGUGUUAUUGCUCAAGAGGAGAGAGAUGUUUACAGUGGCGAAAUGAGAAAGCGUCCUACGUCUGAAAAACACUUAUUACGAGUUGCAUUAGAGCAUACAUUUCACUUACCUUCGUUACCGCCAACUGGUUUAGAAGGUUGUUCAUGUAUAGACAUUGCAUACAGUCUAGGACUGGUUAGUUUCAAACUGAAAAAAUUAAAGCAUCCAUUGAAGGUCACUAAAUGGAUUUUAGAGAGUGAUAUUGCUUCAGUUAAACCAGAUAAAUUUAUGGAAUUUGUUUAUAUGCAUGAAACAGGUAGCAGUAGCAAUGGUACAUAUGAAUUAAUGUCGAAGAAACCUCAAAUUAUUACAUUUCAACAGUGCAAACGAGGUAAAGAGAAGGAGUUUAAACGGUUUGCUCGUAUUCAUCACGAUCUUUUACUACCCAUUCCGAUUAUUAUUGGAACAAAUGAUCGACAAAUAGAGUCUUACAAUCAAAUGGAAUCACAACAAACUGAAUGUCCGUUAAUGAGUUCAGUAUUUUUCAUGCAAUGGCCAAACAGUUUUCAAAUUGGAAGUUUACCACCGAUAUAUCAGUGUUCAACAGAUUAUUCUGAAACUUAUCAAGAUGGUAGCAUUCACACUGGUUAUGUAAGUCAGUUAUCAAAUACAAUCCAAGCACAAUCACGAAAUGAAACCAUAAAACUGCGAAAAAGCAAUACCAUAAGUUUCUCGGAUGAGAAACAAAUAAUCUACGAUGAAGAUGAUGACAGCGUUGAAAAUUCUUCAGUCGUCAAUAAAGCGCACACUUCUUGUACAAUUUAUAGACCUACAGAAAAGUAUAACACAAAAGAUAGUAAUUCAAGAAUAAAUCUUUAUCCAAGGAUCAUUUAG